GCAAAACUUCCUGGUGGAGUAACCGUGCAGUUUUAUAGUGUAAAAACUUACCAUUGUCUGCUCUGUGAUAGCAUUUAAUGCAAGACUAAAGUACUAAAUCUAAUCGUGACUCUUAUUUUUCUACAUGCGAAUGAGAACAACAGAUUUACUUCGAUAAAGGAAGAGUUUAGAGAAACGUUCCAUUUUCUACUUUAAAAUGUCAUCCGAAAAAUGCCAGUCGAAGAUGCCAUGGUACCAAGAGGUAGAUGGCUGGCGGAUUCCGGGUCUUUUCUCUCCUGAAGCGUUCAGGUCUGCUUUAUCAUACAAGCCCCGGCCAGAUGAUCUGUUUAUCAUCACUUUCCCGAAAUGUGGAACUACUUGGGUGCAGAACAUAGUGGCCUGUAUCUUUAGGGAUGGCAGACCAUUCGAAUCAGCUCUGCAAUUCUUCACGGAGACUCCCUUUCUGGAAAUGACUGGAGCAAAAGCUGGGGAAAAUCUAAAAAGACCUGCAGCAAUUAAGAUGCAUCUUCCAUUUUAUAAGACACCUUGGUCCCCCAAGGCCAAGUACAUUUAUAUAGCAAGAAAUCCAAAGGACUGCUGCGUUUCCUUCUACCAUUUCACAGAGAGCAUGCCAGCUUAUCGCUUCGAAGAGGGAAAAUUCGACGAUUUUUUUGAGCUCUUCAUCAACGGAGAAACGGAUUUCGGUGAAUACUUCGACACUACUUUGUCUUGGUGGGAACACAGAAACGACCCGAAUGUUCUCUUCGUCACCUACGAACAACUGAAGAAAGACACGAAAACGUACAUUUUGAAAAUUGCCGAAUUUCUUGGAUCACAGUAUAAAGAGAAACUCGAGAAAGACAAGGAAUUGCUCCAGAACGUCAUCUACCACAGCAGCUUCGAUUUCAUGAAAGAGCACUUGAACAAACAUUUCACAGAUCUAAUGGCGAUGCCCAGGGUGAUGAUUGAAUUGAAUCCUGAUAUUCCAUCGGAAAUGAGGGCAAUGCUGCUGUCGGGGAACUUCCUAAUGAAAAAGAAGGAAGCAAAAAGUGUCAGUUUUAUACGGAAAGGUAUUAUCGGAGACUGGAGAAAUCAUCUUUCACCCUCUCAAAAUGCCAGAUUAGAAAAGAAGUUCAGGGAGAGGUUUUCUGGAACUGGUCUGAUAGACUUGUGGAAGGAUGACAUGUAUCAAUGUCUUCUUUUUGGAUUUGAAUCACAGUUUAUAAAAAAUAAUAAACUCUGUAAUUUGCAUUGCAAAUUAUUUUAAAUGGCA